AUGAUAUCUAAAAGAAUUAUUGAUAUUAAUAAACAAGAUACAAUCGAAUCCAAUAUUUAUAUUCAAUUUAUUAAAAAUUAUUUACAAGAAUUAGAAGAAAAAAUGAAACAAUGUCAAAUUCAAUUUGCUACUUUGAAAAAUUGUCUACCAAGUCAUAUUGAUACAUUGAUGGAUAAAAUCAACCAUUUUGUUCAAAAAGAAGGUGUCAUUCCUAUGCAACUUCAUUUUCAAGCAAGAAUAGCUGUAGAUAAAUAUAUUUCUAUUGAUCAGUUAUGUCAAUUAGACUAUUUUCAACACAAACCAAUUGAUUUACAAUUACAAAUUGCCAAAACGAUAUGUUCUUUAACAUUUGAUAAAGAAAAAAGUGAACAAGAAUUAAUUUUAUUAAAAUUUGGACUUCUCUUCAAAAAAUUUCCAAAAUCAUUAGAAAUAUUAGAAGUUUCUCUAUCAACAUCGAUAACAACAAUUUCUGAUUCAGCUAUACGUGAACGUUUAUCAAAUGAAUAUCAAAGAAUAAUUCAACGAACAAAAGCCGAUUUAACUGAUGUUUUAAGAUUUGCAAUAGAUGCGAAAAGAAAUAAUUGUAAGAAGAAAUUUGAACAAGAAACAGUUGAGAUACGGAAAAAUCAACGACAACUUCCUACUCAUGAACGAUUAUCACCUGUAAUGGUAACAUUAAUUGAACAACGUCAAAAGAGUAUUAUUGAAUGUCUGAAAUAUAUUUAUGAAUUGAAAGACAAUUUUCUUGUUCAAGCUCUAUCAACAACCAUCAUAAACAGUAUAAAAUAA